AUGGAAAAACCGCAACCGCCUGGUGCGGUCGAUCUCGACAUGUUGAAAGUCCAAACCAAUCCUGCGGCUAAAGAUGUGGACUUUGGGGAAGUGCUAGAAACACAUGCGACUCCUGAGAUGGAACGAAAAGUGCUUUGGAAGCUCGACCUUUAUCUUAUUCCGCUUAUGGGCUUCUGUUACAUGUUACAGUAUAUGGACAAGUUGGCGCUAAGCCAAGCGACAUUAUUUGGAUUAACAGAAGACUUGCAUUUUAAGGGCACGGAAUAUAAUUGGACAUCCGCCGUCUUCUAUUUCGGAUAUCUGGUGUGGAGUUGGCCCAGCUCCUACCUCAUCGUUCGACUCCCCCUUGGAAAAUACCUCAGUGUGGCCGUGUUCAUAUGGGGUGGAGUUCUGAUGUGCCAUGCUGCUUGUACCUCAUUCAGCGGGUUAAUGGCAGCAAGAUUCUUCUUAGGAGUCGGAGAAGCUUCGAUCGCUCCUGGAUUUGCCAUGAUCACAGGAAUGUUUUACAAGAGAGAAGAACAGCCCGCUAGACAAGCAGCGUGGUUCAUUGGAAACUCCAUUGCAUCCAUAAUUGGUGGUCUGGUCGCGUACGGAAUUGGUCUUAUCAAGAACAACACGGUCAAUAACUGGCAAUUGCUCUUUCUUAUCCUGGGUGCUGUCACGGCUGCAUAUGGAUUUGUCCUUGCAGCCUUCUUGCCGGACUCCCCGGCGAAGGUGAUUUUCUUCAAUCAAACCGAGAAAGCCAUUGCCCUACAGCGAACUCUGCAGAAUAAGACUGGUGUUAUGGACGUGGGCAAAUUCCGUUGGAACCAGGUUCUGAUGGCGAUCAAAGAUCCGCAAACCUGGUGUCUCGUGCUGUAUACCCUUUGCGUCAAUCUCUGCAACGGUGGCAUCACUAGCUUCUCAUCGAUCAUUAUAGCUGGAUUUGGUUUCUCCAACCUCAAAGCUCUGAUUAUGCAGAUGCCUAUCGGAGCGGCACAGCUCGUUUUUCUCCUGUUGACCUCGGGCUUUGCCACCUUUGUGCGCUCCGCUCGAAUUCCUAUGAUGAUGCUGAACUGCUCAGUGUCUGUCAUUGGCAUGGCUCUCAUCUGGAAGUUGGAUGAUGACAACCGUGCUGGACGGUUGACUGGUCUCUGUUUAGGAGCGGUAUUUGCAGCCAACAUUCCUUUGUCACUCAGUCUCAUCAGUUCGAACGUGGCUGGGUUUACCAAGAAGAGUACCGUCAGCGCUAUGAUGUUUGUGGCAUACUGUGUUGGAAAUAUUGUCGGGCCUCAGUUUUUCAUUCCCUCUGAGAAGCCUGCGUAUCCAAUGGGUAUCAAGGCAGCCAUGUCAGGCUUGGUUUUGGGAAUUUUCUUUUUGAUCUGCUUGUAUGUGUACUAUGUUUUGGAGAACCGCCGGCGUGAUCGCCUUUACGGAUCGCCAAGACAAUUGACAGAGGCCGAGGAGUUACAGGAUGAGUUCUCCAACAAAACAGAUCACGAGAUAGAGAGCUUCCGAUAUGUUCUCUAG